UCUUACAGACAAGGAAGAAAGCAGAAAAUUGUCGCGUCCAGUAUCGUUAAAAAGCUUCCGGAAGGAAAAGCGCGAUGGCGAUGUUACCAGUGGUGCUGCCUGUUUCAAAGAGGCCACCACAGAGGCCAAAGCUGCUUCACGUGCUCCAUUGUCAGGCGUCGUUGGAGACCAUAAGAAAAAGAAGGAAGCGAAAGCUGGUGCUGACACUAUGGGUGAUAGUCCUCAGAAGGCUUCGUGUCGAAGCAAUAAAACAAGAUCAGGACCAACAAAGGUCAAAAGGAAAGCUCCACCACCACCUCUAACUUCUUCUGAUAGGCCUACCGUUUCUCAUACCAGUCCAUCCCAAUCUGCUCCGUCUCGUCCUAUUCCGGUCCGCCCUGCUCCUCCUCCACAGCGUCAACCACGUCCUCGUAAGGCAGCUCCACCUCGCCCCCCUCCACCAACUAUGAAGCAGCCUGGAAAAAAGAGUGGCAUUGCAUCCGAUGCAGCUGGCAAAGGACCGAGUAUUAUUAAGAAAAAGACAAACGAGAUUUGCAAAUAUCCAAAGGAUCUGAACCCGUUUGCAAAUUCCAGCAGUGCACCGAUAAUGACUGCCCGUCGCAGAACAGCGAUAAGGCCCUCAGAACUACUUACCAAAGGCGCAGAGGAAGAAAAAGUAAUUCCAAAAGGGAAGAAUAUCCAAUGGAUAAAAAUCAAUUUAAUGAUACUGAUGACACGAGGGAAAAGGUCUCCAGUACUCGUCGCCAAAGGCUUAGAAGAAAACGGAAAGAAUCGAAAAGUGAAGAAUACCCAAUGGAAGACGAUCCACCCGGUGAUGCUGAAGAGAUGUGCGACAAGCCCUCUAACACUCGUCGUCGAAGGCGUAGAAGAAAAAGAAAAGAGUCUAAAAUUGGUGAUGAACACUGCCACAGUAGAAGAGGUGCAAGUAAAGAGUACACAGCAAGGUUUGGUUUCCAACAGUGAAAAGGAAGAACAGGGUGGGCGAGCAGAUUCUACUGACUCAAAGGCCCAGUCAUUCCCAUCUGAUAAAGAGGUCUCUCCUGACGUUGUCCCUUCCACAAACAAGGAUAAUAGCUGUGCAAGUGCCGGAUCAACAAACCUUGAUACUUCGACCGCCAAAGAUUUUACAGAUGUUGACGAGAGACCAAUUCUCAAGCAGGCAGAACCCUCUGAGCAAGUUAGUGAUAUGGUAGAGUGCCAGGGUGCAGACGGAUAUGCCUUCAAUUCAAGGAAUCAUUGCUCAGAGUUGACCAUUCACCUAGAUGCAGAACUUCAGGUUGUCGAAAGCGAGUUGCUUUCUCUGCAAAAGGGUAAUGAACAGUUUCGAAGGAAUUUGAAAGAAGAAAAUGAAGCGACUACGUUACUCUUUUCCCAGGAAGCAAUCAUGAGUUUUUUGAAGAAAAUGCAGAAGAAAGGUCAAAGUAAAAACCAUCGAGAAUUGUACUUCAGAGCUUCGGUUCCUUCUCCAACUCUGGAAUGUGUCGAAGAUAAAUGUCUCACAGACAAGGAAGACAGCACGAAGGAAGAAAGCAGAAAAUUGUCGCGUCCAGGAUCCUUAAAAAGCUUCCGGAAGGAAAACCGCAAUGGCAAUGUUACUAGUAAUAUUGCCUGUUCCAAGGGGGCUACCACAACGGCCUCUGCUGCUCCACGUGCUCCAUUGUCAGACGUGGUUGGUGACCACGAGAAAAAGAGGCAAGGAAAAGUUGGUGCUGACACUAAGGGUGAUAGUCCUAAGAAGGCUUCGUGUCGAAGGAACAAAACAAGAUCAGGACCAACAAAGGUCAACAGGAAAGCUCCACCUCCGCCUACUUCUGAUAGGCCUUCCGUUUCUCAUACCAGUCCAUCCCAAUCUGUUCCGUCUCGUCCUAUUCCGGUGCGCCCAGCUCCCCCUCCACCGCGUCAACCACGUCUUCGUAAGGCGGCUCCACCUCGCCCCCCUCCACCGACUAUGAAGCAGCCUGGAAAAAAGGGUGCCAAAGGACCGAGAAUUAUUAAGAAGAAGGCAAACGAGAUUUGCAAAUACCCAAAGGAUCUGAACCCGUUUGCAAAUUUCAGCAAUGCCACCGAUAAUGACUACCCGUCACAGAACAGCGAGAAGGCCUCUAGACCUAGUCGCCAAAGGCACAGAAGAAGACCAAAGAAUUCUAAAAGUGAAGAAUAUCCAAUGGAUAAAAAUCCAUUUACCGAAACUAAUGAGAUGAGGGAAGAGGUCUCCAGUGCUCGUCGCCAAAGGCUUAGAAGAAAACGGAAAGAAUCUAAAAGUGAAGAAUACCCAAUGAAAGACAAUCCAUCCAGUGAUGCUGAAGAGAUGAGCGAGAAGCCCUCCCGCACUCAUCGUCAAAGGCGUAGAAGAAAACGAAAAGCAUCUAAAAGCGAAGAACACUCAAUUAAACACAAUCCAUUGAGUGAUUCCGAUGAGGGGAGGAGCUCUUCGUGUUCGGAGUGGAACGAAACUUCUGACAUGUGGUCUGUUUCUUCAUUGGAAGAUAUUCAGUUUGUGGUGAACACUGCCACAGUAGAAGAGGUGAAAGCAAAGAGUACACAGCAAGGUCUGGCAACCAACAAUGAAAACGAAGAACAGGGUGGGCGAACAGAUUCUGGUGACUCAAAGGCCCAGUCAUUCCCAUCUGAUAAGGAGGUCUCUCCUGACGAUGUCCCUUCCACAAACAAGGAUAAUAGCUCUGCGAGUGUCGGAUCAACAAACCUUGAUGCUUCGACUGCCAAAGACUUUACAGAUGUUGGCAGUCGAAGGAUCCUCAAGCAGGCAGAACCCUCUGAGCAAGCUAAUGAUAUGGAAGAGUACCAGGGUGGAGACGGAUCUGACUCCAAUUCAAGGAAUCAUUGCCCAGAGUUGGCCAUUUACCUGGAUGCAGAAUUUCAGGUUGUCGAAAGCGAGUUGCUCUCUCUGCAGAAGGUGAUGGUUAAAUUGCAAUCAGAGAUGAAAGAGGCAAUGGACACUAAAGAUUGUGAGGCCGAGUUUGAAAGCUUAUCGCUUGACUGGUUGACGCUCAACAAGUUCCGUUCUGAACUUAACAAAAGGAAAAAAGACCUUAUUGUUCUUUCCAAACAAGAAAACCAGAAGGAGUGUUUGAAGUUCUUACGUGAGGACCUGAAAUGCCUAGUUGAAGUCAAAAGUUGGAAGAAGACAAAAGAGCACAGAGCUCAGGUGAAGAAUGUCUUGGAUCUUAUCCUCAAGUUGGCCAACAUGGCCUGA